GGGGCCGGGGAGAGGGUCCGCGCUUGCGUGCUGAGCAGUGAGCCAUGGCCUGGCACCGGGGCCGGGGGGAGCGCUGCGAAUACCGGGUGUCGGAGCCGCGGCAGCACCCGCAGGGCUUCACCGAGUACCGGGUGACGGCGCGGAUCAUUUCAAAGAAGACAGCAGAAGUCAAAGAGGUGACAGUGUUCAAACGCUACAGUGACUUCAAAAAGCUGCACGGUGAGCUGUCCUACAUCCACAGGAACCUGUUCCGGAAACUGGAGGAGUUUCCUCCCUUCCCGAAGGCCCAGGUGUUCGGGCGCUUUGACGCGGCGGUCAUCGAAGAACGGCGCCAGUGCGCCGAGGAGCUGCUGCAGUUCACGGUUGACAUCCCAGCGCUCUCCAAUAGCCCGCAGCUGAGGGACUUCUUCAAGGGCGGGGAGGCCUGCUGGCCGCUGGAACUCUCCACUCUGAAGGAUGCCCCAGCCCUGCCAGAGCCACUCAUCCCCCUGCCGACCGGACUUGGCAGAACGCCGGAACCUUGUCUCCAGCCAGAAUCCGGGACGGGAACCGAAGCCCUGACGAAGCUGGAGGUGGAUGGAGGAGAGCCGGACUCUGGGUGGGCGGAGGAGGAUGAUGAUGCCCACUCCCUGACUGACAUCGGGAAGGAGGUAGACGAUGAUGAGAGAAGGCCCCAGGCCGGAUCCUCCCUGCCUGACAGUGAACUGGCACUCUUUGACCCAUGUGCCAAGGAAGAGGCUGCCCCUGCCUGCGCUUGGCAGAGUAACUUAGAGGCACUCUCGGUCGCCAGUGGCCGGGCGGAGGAGCCCAGGGACCCCGAGGACCUGGAAGCCAGACUGUUAACCCUGAGGGUGUCGUCGCCGGACAGCGAGCACUCGCUUGGGAUCGAGGGGCUGGAGGGCACCGACUACUUGAGUGCGGCGGCGGCCUGCAUCAAAAAGGCUCUGGAGUGGGAGGCGGCCCAGGAGUAUGAACUGGCCUUGAGCUGUUACUGCAGUGGGGUGGCCAUUCUGCUGAGAGGCCUCCAGGGUGAGCCAAGUGCAGAGAGGCAAGAUGCUAUUAAAAAGAGGGUGGCCGAGUAUCUGAACCACGCAGAAACCAUCUUCGCUGUACACCUCAAGGACACAGUAGCGAAAGAUGCCACGCCACCUUCGGUGAGUGUCACCAGAGGGUGAACAUAUCCGUGCUAGUCACCCGGGCACUCUCCCCAUCUCGUGACUGCAGAGCGUGCCCUGACCGAUCGCCAGGACCAAAGACCGUGCCCUGCUCCCUUGAGGGCCUUCCAGGACACAGCGUUCGGAGCCUUAUCCUGAUACCUCCUCCACGUGCCUGAACAAAGAUAUGCGUAAUGGUUUUAUCCAAAGUCUUCCAGAACACUGACCUUGCUGACUGACUCUCUCUGUCCUAACACAGUGCUAUUGUAGAUAGAGCGCAGCAUCCUGGUAAGAGAGAGCUGGAGGUCGGGGUCUGGGUCAGGGGCGAAUGCCCAGUGUUAGAAACCAGCUCAGCCACAUGCACCCUGGUCCAGGAGUUACAGGGCUGUGGGUAUUGAGGUGUGAGGGGAGGGUGUUCUCUGUGUAAACACUGUCCUGUGCGAAGAAGCACAGUGUCCCUGCUCUCUGGAUCCAGUUGGGAGGACACUGAGGCCUGUGGUGGGCUCUAGUUCCAAUCCACAGGGCUGGUGGGGUGGAGAUGGGCCGGCCACACUGAGGCCAGACUACACACAGAUGUGGGGCUGGCACUGUGAACCCCUGCACUGGGGCUGGUGUCCAGACGGUGUGAACCCCUGCACUGGAGACAAAUGUUCAGCCAGUGGGGUCCCUGCACUGGAGACAACUGUUCAGCCAGUGGGGUCCCUGCACUGGAGACAAAUGUUCAGCCAGUGGGGUCCCUGCACUGGAGACAACUGUUCAUCCAGUGGGGUCCCUGCACUGGAGACAGGUGUCAGACAGUGUGUUCUCUGCACUGGAGACAGAUGUGCGGACAGUGUGAUCCCUGCACUGGAGACAGAUGUCAGACAGUGUGAUCUCUGCACUGGAGACAGAUGUGUGGACAGUGUGAUCCCUGCACUGGAGACAGAUGUGUGGACAGUGUGUUCUCUGCACUGGAGACAGAUGUGCGGACAGUGUGAUCCCUGCACUGGAGACAGAUGUCAGACAGUGUGAUCUCUGCACUGGAGACAGAUGUGUGGACAGUGUGAUCUCUGCACUGGAGACAGAGGUGUGGACAGUGUGAUCCCUGCACUGGAGACAGAUGUGUGGACAGUGUGAUCCCUGCACUGGAGACAGAUGUGUGGAUAGUGUGUUCUCUGCACUGGAGACAGAUGUGUGGACAGUGUGAUCCCUGCACUGGAGAUAGGUGUCAGACUGUGAUCCCUGCACUGGAGACAGAUGUGUGGACAGUGUGUUCUCUGCACUGGAGACAGAUGUGCGGACAGUGUGAUUUUGGCCAUGUGGUUUGGGAUGUACUUCGACUGAAGGAGCCUCCUGCUCCCCACCGG